GCUCGGCGGCUCGCUCCUCCUCGCGGCCGCGGGAUUCCUGUCUCCGGGUUUUCGGGCCGCCCCUUCACACCCGCCGCCGGAGCGGGACGGCGUGAGAGGGAGCGAGCGAGCGAGGCGGCGCGGAUGUGCCCCGGCUCCCGCGGCGACAGCGGCAGCGGCGGCGGCGGAUGCUCGGCGGUGCGGCGGCCGCCCCGCAGCCCAGGAGCCCCGCGCAGGGAGGGAGCGAGGCGAUGAGCCGCCCGCCGGCGGCCGCCCGCGAUUGACGGCGGCGGGCAAGGAGCUGCGGCGGCCAGGAGGAGAAGGACGAGGGGGAGGAGGAGGAGGAGGGCAGCGAUCCCCGCCAGUGCCCGCGGGAGCCCGGGAGAGCUCCAGCCGAGGGCUCGGCCAUGCCGUUCGCCAAGCGGACCGUGGAGCCGCAGCGGCUGUGCCGGCGGCAGCCCGCCGCCUCCGUGCUGGAGGAGAGCUGGGGCGCGGAGCCGCCGCCGCCGCCGCGGGACCCGCCGCCGGAGGAGCCGGGAACGGCGAGCGAGGGCGCCGAGGCGGCUGGCGGCGGGGAGAGGGAGGCGGCAGCGGUGCUGAUGGUGCUGGACCUCUGCUCGGUCAGCAACGUAGCCCUGUCGCGGAUCCUCCGACAGCUCUCCGACGUGGCCCGGCACGCCUGCACCCUUUUCCAGGAGGUCGAGGCUGACAUCCAGGGUACCCACCGCCGCGUACGGGCGCUGCACGGCCGCAUCGCCGGCCUCCAGGGAGCCGUGCGCGGCCUCGACCCCAAGCAGGAGGCAGUGCCUGUCUCCAACCUUGAUGCAGAGAGCAAACUGAGUGUCUAUUACCGAGCACCUUGGCACCAGCAAAGGAACAUCUUUCUCCCCUCCACCAGACCGCCCUGCGUGGAGGAGCUGCACCACCACGCCAAGCAGCACCUGCGAGCCUUGCGCAGAGAACAUCGAAGCCGAGGUGAUAACAGAGAGCAAAAAGUCCAGGGCCCCAUUGCUGUGGUGGCUCCCCCCUUUCCUCCCUUCCCUGCAAUCUGCAGCCAAAAGAGGCAAGCGAUAAAGGACCGGCAUUUGCUACCAUUUAACAGCACCCGUUCGCCCUCCCCAGUUGAGUGUUGCCACAUGACCCCCUGGAGUAGAAAGCUGCAGGCAGAAAGAAGGCUGCAAUGUUUGACUGAAAUCCUACGUGGGAAAGGAGGGUUUUCUGCGGGCGGGAGAAGAGGAAACCUGUGUUGUCUUGGGUCUGGGGGUGCUGCAGGAGGUGACACUGACCAGUCCCAUCCACCAGAGGACGAAGAUACAGAUGUCAUGUUAGGGCAGAGGCCGAAAAAUCCAAUACAUAAUAUCCCUUCUACACUGGAUAAACAAACCAAUUGGAGUAAAGCACUACCUCUCCCAACUCCAGAGGAGAAAAUGAAACAAGAUGCCCAAGUGAUUUCUUCUUGCAUUAUCCCCAUCAAUGUCACUGGAGUUGGUUUUGACAGAGAGGCUAGUAUACGCUGCUCUCUUGUUCAUUCACAAUCUGUACUACAGCGGAGACGAAAGUUGAGGAGGAGGAAAACCAUCUCUGGCAUCCCCAGAAGAGUGCAACAAGAAAUAGAUUCAGACGAGUCGCCAGUGGCGAGAGAGCGCAAUGUGAUUGUGCACACAAACCCAGAAUUCUCUGGUUCCAGCAACAGGCGGCUGGGGACCCGGGAUUCGGAGUGCCAGACAGAAGAAAUCCUGAUAGCUGCUCCCUCCCGGCGACGGAUCCGUGCCCAGCGGGGGCAGAGCGUUGUUGCCUCUCUCUCCCACUCCACUGGCAACAUCCUGGUGCUGGCAGACAAUGGGGAUGCAGUCUUUGCUGCUGCUGUGAGCAACCGCAUCCGCUCGCGGAGCCUUCCCCGCGAGGGCGCCCGGGCCAGCGAGGGCCAUCAGGAUGCCACCACCAAGAGUGCAGGGUACGAAGCAGAGCACUUCCUAGCAGGUCAGGAAAGGAUCCCGAAAAAGGGGAAGGAGAUCUUGAGCAAGCAGGGUUCACAGGAGUGCCAGCCCAUUGGUUUAACUUGUCCUCAGCACCUGCAUAGCCCCGAGCACAGCAUAAGCGAGAGGGGGAGAUCGCGGCUGUCAAGGAUGGUCGAUUCAGGCAGCUGUGAAAUUUCAUCCAACUCAGACACCUUCGGGAGCCCGAUUCACUCCAUUUCCACAGCAGGAGUCCUACUCAGCAGCCACAUGGACCAGAAAGACGACCACCAGUCCUCCAGUGGCAACUGGAGUGGGAGCAGCUCCACGUGUCCCUCCCAGACAUCUGAAACCAUUCCUCCUGCUGCCUCUCCUCCACUAACAGGCUCUUCACACUGUGACUCCGAGCUGUCACUCAAUACCGCUCCCAAUGCCAACGAGGACUCCAAUGUCUUCAUCACAGAGCAGUUUGGUGACCACGCAGACAAAGUCAGGGGCCACAGGGCAAGCUCCUUCACAUCCACUGUGGCGGAUUUAUUGGAUGACCCCAACAACAGCAACACAAGCGACAGUGAGUGGAACUACCUGCACCAUCACCAUGACGCCUCCUGUCGCCAGGAUUUCAGCCCUGAGCGCCCGAAGGCGGACAGCCUGGGAUGUCCCAGCUUUACCAGCAUGGCCACCUAUGACAGCUUUCUUGAAAAGACCCCCUCUGACAAGGCAGACACUAGCUCACACUUUUCUGUGGAUACUGAAGGAUACUAUACCUCCAUGCACUUUGACUGCGGUCUGAAGGGUAAUAAAAGCUAUAUUUGCAACUAUGCAGCCCCAGGUUCCGAGAGUGGCCAGACCGGGAGCAUGACUUCCAGCCUAGCUGACUAUGCCUGGCAGGAAUGUGUGAGCCACAGGAGGCAGGCACAGCAGUGUAUCUCACUGAAGAAACCAAAGGCAAAGCCAGCCCCACCAAAACGCAGCUCGUCUUUGAGGAAAUCAGAGGGCAGCACCGACCCUCCUGACAAGAAAGAACCAAAGAUCAGUGGUGGGCAGCAUGUCUCUCACACUGCCAGGGAGAUGAAGCUGCCCCUUGAGUUUUCAAACACACCUUCCCGAGUGGAAGGCCCCAACCUGCCAGCCAAGCAGGAGCUUCCCUGGCCAAACCCAGAUGAUGGUGGGUUAAAGGACACUCCAUUUGACACCGCCAGUAUCCCCUCCUUUAAAGAUGAAGGUGCUGAACAACCCCACUAUGCAGACCUCUGGCUUCUGAACGACUUGAAAUCCAGUGAUCCUUACAGGUCCUUGUCCAAUUCAAGCACUGCUACGGGUACUACAGUCAUAGAGUGCAUCAAGUCACCAGAGAGCUCUGAAUCCCAGACAUCUCAGUCUGGGUCACGAGCUACAACCCCAUCCCUCCCCUCUGUUGAUAAUGAGUUUAAGCUGGCCUCCCCAGAGAAGUUGGCGGGGUUAGCCUCACCCUCCAGUGGUUACUCCAGCCAGUCAGAGACGCCCACCUCUUCUUUUCCAACAGCUUUCUUUUCAGGACCGUUGUCUCCAGGGGGGAGCAAGAGGAAGCCAAAAGUUCCAGAGAGGAAGUCAUCACUGCAGCAGCCGCUUUCAAAAGAUGGCACCGCCUCAGUGAGCAAAGACCUCGAACUUCCGAUUAUACCUCCUACUCACCUUGACCUAAGUGCUCUUCACAAUGUCUUGAGCAAGCCCUUCGCUCACAGGCACCAGCUGCAUACCUUUAGCCACAGCAAGCAGAGCGCGGUCGGGGAAGCCCUGCAGCCCGGCCCUCCCUCUGCCCUUGCCAUCACACCCUCCGUUCUCAAGUCUGUCCACCUCCGGGCAGUCAACAAGCCUGAAGGAGUGAAACAUAAAGGCAGUACCCCAGACCUGCUCUGCAUACAGGAGACCACCUUGAUGGCAACCGAGGUCUCUUCAGGCAAAAUGAGGCCACUCUUAGCUAAGAAACCAGUAUCACGCCAAUACUCUACAGAUGAGGCCAUAAUGCUGUACAUUGACACUUCCCCAGCAGAAGCAGGCCCUGGAAAACCACCUUUAGAGAAAAGCUCCUCUUUUGGUGGGCAGAAUAGCUGUGAGAGAGAAGCUGUAACUUCAGCAAGCAUGGGUCUGGUUGAAAUCAAACCUGGGAAGGACCAAACACACCUGGCCACUGAACACUUAUCAGAAAGCUCUCUGACUCAGACAUGUGCCAUCCCCAUGGAUAGCUUUCAGAAGGACUCAGCUGUCCCUGCAAGUGAUGAUGAAACAAAGAAACCUAUCCAGGGAGCAGAAACAGUGCACGAUCUUCAGCAAGUGCAGGCUCAGCAAGAGCUCUCCACAGGCAGCGAGGGGAAGGUGGAAGUUGGGCCCGUGGAUGAAAGCCUAGCUCAGGCUGAGGGACCAGCCAUCACCUAUCAGUUUAAACACGAACCCGAUGUAAGCCACCAUGUGCCUGGGAAUAUCAAUUAUGAAGCAGAGAUGGCAGCAGUAGAUUCACUCAAUGAAGAGAGUUGCAAGCAGGAAAACGGUAUCACAUCAGGUAUCCCAACCAAAAGUGCCUCUGAUGACAGCAGGGCAGACGAGACGGUGGGCGGUGCAGACGAGCCUUCGCUGAAAGAGUCUUCUCCAAGCGACGAGUCCAUCAUGUCUCCACUGAGUGAGGAGUCACAGGCUGACACUGAGGAUGCCUUUGUGUCUCCAAACAAACCCCGCACUACUGAGGACCUGUUUGCAGUCAUUCACAGAUCAAAAAGGAAAGUUCUUGGGAGAAAGGAUUCUGGAGACCUUUCUGUAAGAAACAGAUUGAGAGCUUCAUCUGGGACCAGCAGCCAGCCUCCCACCAGCAGCACACUGCCUACCAGCAACAUGCCACCAGCCAGCAACGUGGGCACUCCCAUUAACAGUCAGAGGUCCCCCGGGCUCAUAUACAGGAAUGCCAAAAAGUCCAACACAUCCAAUGAGGAGUUUAAACUACUGCUCCUUAAAAAGGGCAGCCGAUCUGAUUCCAGCUACAGGAUGUCUGCCACAGAAAUUCUGAAAAGUCCUAUUUUGCCGAAGUCUCCCGGAGAGCUGACAGCAGAUGCCCUUCAAAGCACGGAAGAGUCUCCUCCCACAACGAGCCCUGAAGCAUUAUCGCCACUCUCCCCCUGCUCCCCCAGGGUCAACACGGAAGGAUUCUCCUCCAAGAACUUCCCCAUGUCGGCGUCCUCGCGGGUGGGGCGGUCGCGGGCACCGCCGGCAGCCAGCAGCAGCCGGUACAGCGUGCGCUGCAGGCUCUACAACACCCCCAUGCAGGCCAUCUCCGAGGGGGAGACCGAGAACUCGGACGGCAGCCCCCACGAUGACCGGUCUUCUCAAAGCUCUACAUAGGCUGUGUGGGCGCCAGGACCACGCUGCCAACACCACUCAAGCUCUUAAGGAUGUCAACGUAAGAGGCCAAUGCUGUAGCAAUCAAAAAAAAAAAAGAAACAAAAAGAAGAAAAAGAGAACAAUCACAGGGCAAUAUCAAUGCUUCGAUGUGUUUGCGUUUGGAAGACGCUGGGGAAACAAAAGGACUACAGCUGUAGCUAUUUAUUACACUGCAUUUUCUAAAAGGAUGAAGAUAUGCUAUGCCUGUUCUGGGUUUUUUUUUGCUUCAUUUGGUUUAUCCCACUCUCAUUUCCAUUGUCACUGUAGAUUUCAAGGCUAUUCACUUUCCAUACAGUUAAAGGUGACUUUGGGUGGGGUUUUUUCCAGAAGCUGCCCAGCUAGAAACAAAUCCCUCACUGUAGUGCUUCCCUAGGGAGGAAAAAAAAAAAAAAAAAAAAAGAAAAUGCUCUUGAGAAUUGGUAUUUUUCUACACUAAAAUGAGCUGAAACAAACUUUAGAAAAAACUAACAAAACAUAUGUAAAUAUCAUAUUUUUGAUAAAAAUUUGUAAAUAGAAUUAUCAAAAAGUGGACGUGGCAAACGAUUUACUGCAUAACAGCUUUGUUUAUAGAAGACAAAUGAAUUCAAUUGUAAUAACUGUAUUCUGUGAAUACCAUUUUCAUAUCAAACAUGAAACAUGGCCACCAAUAACCACUUUCAGUGUGAGAGGCCUGAAGAAUGGCAUUGAGCAGUGGAAAGCAGGAAUUUUUCAACUUAGUUAAGGAAAUGGAAAGGCUGACUGUGAGGGGAUUAAAGAAACCAUUUGUCUUUCUAAGGCAGCUCCAAAGAAGCUAACUGGAAAGCACAGCUGGGAGGGUUACCAUGAGUGUCGGUGGGGAAGAUGAGUGUGUUUCUGACAGAACAGAGCUGGGUCUGAUGCUAAGCCCCAAAGGGUCCCACCCCACAGCCUCCCCUGGGCCUUUAUUCUUGCAGGGAUUGCUUCAGAGAGGAUAGAUGUGAGAGGAAACAGUUACUUAACUUUCAUAUUCCUAUUAGGCUAUUGGGAUACAUAACAGUCAUAACUUGGUACCUAUAAUCUUUAAACACGAUUAGUUUCUGGUUCGUAAAGGAAACAAAUAAAUUAUAAGCAUGCAAGAAGCGCUUUCGAUUUAUCAGUAAAUAUCUGCAAUGAGUUUUCAGUGAAGCUUUCUCUUUGUGCUGAUGAGAUUCAUGCUACCUAAAUAUUUACAAAAAUGACACUGUGAAAAUGUAGCUGGGAAAUAGGUAUGUGUAUGCAUUAUUUAUAUCCAUUGCUGAGCUGAGGAGGGGAAAGCUCCAGUUCAUUGUGCCAGCCACGUACAGUAAGGAUCUUGUCUGGGUUUACCAGAAACACAGAACAGGGUGAGGGACUGGGUUGGGGUGGGAAAGGAGAUAAAUCAAAGUAGCUGCUUUGAUACAAAUGAAAGCAGGGAGAUAAAAGCUGAAUUACUUGAAGUUACUUGAAUAUUCUCAUCUUAAAACCACAAGAACCCAUGAAUUGCUUUAUACUUUUAAUUUUUAAACAGAAUAAAACCAACAGGCCUAAUUCUCUUUUGGGCCACCACAAUUUCCACUGAUGUAGCCCCAUCUGUGCCACUUAGAGGACAAGGCCCUCUUUAGCCAAAACUCAUGCAGUUGGCAUUGGUUGCUGUAGUACAUGGUUAGGAAAAGAGGAAAGGUUAGUGCAGGGAAAACAGUGAAGGAGGAAUGGGGUAGGCAGUAGGACAGGUCAAGGAGGAUGGCAGAAAGAGCAUUCUUUGGUAUAAAGGAAUCAGCUAAAAGCUGGCUUUAAGCAUAAGUAAAUGACUGGAGGCGGGAUGUGUGAAUUCAGUUUUGGGGUUUUUUUUUCUUUUAAUCAUGUAAUGCAUGAAGCUGAGAGUUACUAAAAGAAGGUAGAUCAUCUUUAAAACAGGAAGGUUCUAUCUAAAACUGUUACAAUUUUAAGGAGUCAAAGCAAAUCAGAACAGCUUAACAUACCCAAAAUUUUAUUCCCCAGAAGUUCCAUAUCUGAUUUUGUCUAGUGAUUACCACAAGACAUGUAUUAUUCAGUUUCCUACUGUCCUCCUGUGUAGCCUGGUUGCAUUCAGUUGAUGAGGUAGAGUCACUGUGUACGUGAUAGGUGUGUUGGGAUGAGGGAUGAUCCACCAGUUGAAGGGCUGCAAAGUCGUCUAAAAUAGUUUUUAAAAAGGUAAUGGGAGAAAGGUUUUGGAAACAAAAGGCUAAUCACAUUAGUAGCUUAUGUAGGAAAAUAAGUCUGAAUUCAAGUGAAGUGGAUGAAUGAGAAUGUUUUAGAACGAAAUGUUUAGCAUAUAACAAACCACCUUCCGGAGAAUAUGAGAAAAGCUAGUUUAGAUAAUGGGCAGAAAAUCCUUAGUUUGUCAUCUUCAGUCAUUUUCCACAAAAAUUUUACCAGGAGCACUUUUACAAAAUGUUUAAUAGUCCAGAGUUAAACAGUCAUUCAAAACAGUAAAGAGAAUACAGCUGAAUUGACUUUGAUGAUACCAUUGUUUAUUACCAAUCAAUAACUUCACAGACACCCUAAAUAAAUAUGUAUACACUAGGGUUUUGGUUUUUUUUACCAGAAUAAUGAGGCAACAUUUCACAUAUGGAACAAACACAAAACAAUCCCAUUGGAGUAUAGUCUCCUUUUGCUUAAUUUUCUAAUUUAUAUUUAGCAGAUUGAAACCCAAACAGAUUCUAAAUUCUCUAUGAACUAAAGAGUUGAGAACAAAUGUGGGAGUCAGAGGAAGAUGAAUGGCGGGGAGACCUGUGGCAUUCCAAGGGUGCCAUUAAGGCACCAGAGGACAGGCCACAGAGCGAAGGGAACAUCACUCACCUCUUGAGACAGGGUACACAGUACAAGCAUCAGGUAACUGCUGAACCGUCAUUUCAACCUACUGUUCUGUUGCUUGCACUGAUAUUAUGAAAAUCAUUUCUUAAGUUAUACAGCUGUGUUCUGAAAAAUAACAUUUUCCCCUUUUCUUCUUUGGUUUUUUUUGCUUUUUUUUUUUCUGCCUUUCUGUUUUUGUUGUUGUGGCAGCAUAGAGGGCGAGGGAUAGUUGUAGCAAAUAAAGCAUACGUUUGCUUUUGCCAAAGGUCAGUGAUUGAGUGCAUUUGCUGCAAUGGUGGCAGAUAGAGAAAUACUGUAGGUUAUGACUUAAAGAAUUUUAAAAAAUUUAAGAAGGUUACAGUGUAACUAUUUUGGUACUAGCACCAGUUCAUGCUGGCAGAAAAGACAAUGGUUUAUGGACUUGCAUCCAUUUUGUAUUUUUGUAAUAUUUGUAAAUACAAACUUUUUAAAUUGUUGCAAAUAUGGUUUCUUUUGUAAAAUGUUUUCAAAGUUUACAUUAAAUCCAAGCCUUUGUAUAUUUUAGAGCUGUGCAACACUUUAAGUCUUGUAUUUAUUUUUAGUAAAAACGGUGACAGUUUCAUUGUGAACCCCUCUCAAAAAAUGUGUUGGAAAAGUUUGAUUACCUAGAAAGUGUGUAUAGAAACUGCAAAUAAACGUGACUGCAAUUAAA